GCCGCGAGGACACGCCAUGGCCGACUCCCGGCAGAGGGGCGCGGGCGCGCGCAGCCGCGGCGCGGAGUCGGCGCUGAGCGUGCAGGAGCAGAUGCGGCUGCUGCUGGAGGAGGGGGCGAAGGCGCCCGCCAGGUCGACGGGGCCGCUGCAGCUGCCGCCCUGGUACGACGCCGACCUCUACCGCCAGGGCCAGAGGUUCUUCGCGGCCAACUACUGCGCCAUGUUCGUGGCGAAGCUGACGGGCCUGCUGGUGCUGCUGGCGGUGCCGAGCGUGCUGCGAGUGCUGGUGCACACGCGCCGCUCCGCCACGCCCAUCUCCUCGUUCAAGCGCUACCUCUCCACCGUGUCGCACAUGCUCGAGUGGUACAGCGCCAACGCCGACGGCGACCUCGCCGACCCCAGCUCCAGGGCGUUCAAGUCGCUGACCGAGGUGCGCGGCCGGCACUGCGCCGCCAGCCGCUCGGCGGGCAGCAUCUCGCAGUUCGACAUGGCCGUCACGCAGUUCGGCUUCAUCGGCUUCACCAUGGUGGCGCCCGAGAAGCUGGGCAUCGAGCGCGGCGGCGAGGAGGGCAUCGUGCACUUCUGGCGCGUCAUCGGCUACGUCAUGGGCAUGGAGGACAGGUUCAACAUAUGCCGCCCAGACAGUGUUGAAGAAACCCGUCAACUGUGUUCAAUGUUGCUGCAGCAAGUUUUCGUUCCUAACCUGAAGAAACCUCCAGAAGAUUUUGCUACGAUGUCACGCGCCAUGUUGGACGGAAUAUGGGCCAUUCUGCCAGCCAUUGACUCUGAUGCUGUCUGCGCAUACGUGUACAGUCAGCUGGCUGGACUGCCUUACGACUUGGACAAACUCAGCAAGGAGUCGCGCAACGCUUACGAAUGGCAGGUGUAUCUUGUAGAGUUAAUGAUGACGUCUUGGUAUGGAUGGAUACUACGUCUAUUUUUUAAUUUCGUCGUGUGGCUCUCCAUCUACAUCACACAAAAAUGGCAGUUCUUAGCAAAUUAUACAUUAACAGAUAAAGUGGUUCAUCAAAACAUAUAUUUGGCCAGUUAACAUAUUGGUUUACAUCAAUUAGAGCACAAUUCACAAUACAUUUUAGGCUCAAACUGAUCUCCUUUAAGCAAUUAGUGUAAUUACUACUAGCAGAAGCCUUAUUAUUAGUACACACAUUUUCUGUGAGGUUAUUCAACUUCACAUGAUACUAGUCAUAAAUAAAAUACUUUUGCAAAACAAUCAGGUUUGAGUACUGUACAUGAUAUAAUAAAACUGUAUAUUUUUAAUAUGUGUUGUAAUUGCAUAUGUUUUAUGAAGACAAGUGCUAUAAAAUUUGUAAUAAGUAAUAUUUUUCAAUCUUUAAUUGUUUUUAUGUGUGGGGCUUUGUAAAUUAAUUCAGAAUGCUGUUUAGAGUAUCUAGUAUUUAGACUCCCAACGGUUUUAUAUAAAUGUCUUUGUACUAUAUUAUUUUCGAAGUUUUCUUUAAACCCUCGAAAUAUAUCCAAUUGCUCAGCUUGAAAAUUUUUUAAAUUCAAAACUACAGAAUGUGCUACAGAUAGCUUUUUAACAGGAAUAUCUAGAUAUACCUGAAAGCCAAUCAGUUUUAUGGAUUUUUAAGGAAGUGCAAUAUUCUAAGGAGUAUAUAAAUACAAUGUGAAAUAUAGGUUUUACAUUGAAACCAUUUAUUUUUGCUCAAUUCAUUUCUAAACUGAUAAGAAUAUUUAUGCAACCAUAUUGUACAUAUACACGUUAGACGAAUUUUGUAAUUUGAUGUCUUUAUUGUCCAUUACCGCUUCCAUCAAGUAUAAUUAUGUUUGUUGCCAGAGAUUUGUAAAAAUAUAAUGUAACUAUUAACUACAACUCAUAUUAACCUGGUUACUUCACUUUGAUUCCAAAUUUGAGAUGUUACUAUUGCAUACAAGAUGCCUUAUUUGUUGUAACAAUGAAUGGUUGUGUAAUGUAAAAAUUGGAAGUCACUCACCUGCACUUUUUAUUUUUGUAUCCACAUAUGACUGAAGUACGUAAAGAUACUUAAAUAUGUGAUUGUUUUCUGUGAUAUUCGUUGUUGAUAUGCAUAAUAAAAUGGUUUAAAUAUGGCCACAAGUAUGUAAGAAAU